CGGCCCAGAGGGGAGAGGCCGGAGAGGGCGGGCGAGGCGGGAGGGCCGUCGGGCCGGGCCGGGCCCAAGAUGAGCGUCCGUCCGGGCUCCGUCCCCCUGCAGUUCCUGCCGGACCAGGCGCGGAGCCUGCCGCCGCCCAGCCUGACCGACCCGCGCCUCGUCUACGCCGGCUUCAUGGGCUACUUCACCGGCCUCUUCGCCAACGCCCUGCACCGCCGGCCCGUCGUCCAAGCCGGGCUGCACCGCCAGCUCCUCUACGUGACGGCCUUCUGGUUCGUCGGCUAUUUCCUGGUGAAGCGUGAAAACUUCAAGUACGCGCAGCGGGAUCAGGACAUGUUCGAGUACGUGAAGCGACACCCGGAGGAUUUCCCAAAGAAAGAAAAGAAAACAUACGGCGAGAUCCUCGAGCCCUUCCACCCGAUACGCUGAAGCUUCCGGCGGCGCGGGGGCGGUCCCCGAGCCGGGAGCGGGGUCCAGCUCCGCGCCCUCGACAGCGGACCUCCCGAUUAAAAAUGAUAAAUGGCCAUCCCCGGCCUCCCAGCGUC